AUGCAUCACUGUAAGCGAUACCGCUCCCCUGAGCCAGACCCGUACCUGAGCUACCGAUGGAAGAGGAGGAGGUCUUACAGUCGGGAGCAUGAAGGGAGACUGCGAUACCCGUCUCGAAGGGAGCCUCCGCCCCGGAGAUCUCGGUCUAGAAGCCAUGACCGCCUGCCCUACCAGAGGAGAUACCGGGAGCACCAUGACAGCGACACAUACCGGUGUGAAGAGCGGAGCCCAUCCUUUGGAGAGGACUACUAUGGAUCUUCACGUUGCCAUCAUCGACGGCGGUCACGGGAAAGGGAGCCAUACCGGACCCGCAAGCAUGCCCACCACUGCCACAAACGCCGCACCAGGUCUUGUAGCAGCGCCUCCUCGAGAAGCCAACAGAGCAGUAAGCGCAGCAGCCGGAGUGUGGAAGAUGACAAGGAGGGCCACCUGGUGUGCCGGAUCGGCGAUUGGCUCCAAGAGCGAUAUGAGAUCGUGGGGAACCUGGGUGAAGGCACCUUUGGCAAGGUGGUGGAGUGCUUGGACCAUGCCAGAGGGAAGUCUCAGGUUGCCCUGAAGAUCAUCCGCAACGUGGGCAAGUACCGGGAGGCCGCCCGGCUAGAAAUCAAUGUUCUCAAAAAAAUCAAGGAGAAGGACAAAGAGAACAAGUUCCUGUGCGUCUUGAUGUCUGACUGGUUCAACUUCCAUGGUCACAUGUGCAUCGCCUUUGAGCUCCUGGGCAAGAACACCUUUGAGUUCCUAAAGGAGAAUAACUUCCAGCCUUACCCUCUACCACAUGUCCGGCACAUGGCCUACCAGCUCUGCCACGCCCUUAGGUUUCUACAUGAGAACCAACUGACCCACACAGACUUGAAGCCAGAGAACAUCCUGUUUGUGAAUUCUGAGUUUGAAACUCUCUACAAUGAGCACAAGAGCUGUGAGGAGAAGUCGGUGAAGAACACCAGCAUCCGAGUGGCUGACUUCGGCAGUGCUACCUUUGACCACGAGCAUCACACGACCAUUGUGGCCACCCGUCACUAUCGCCCGCCUGAGGUGAUCCUGGAGCUGGGCUGGGCACAGCCCUGCGACGUGUGGAGCAUUGGCUGCAUUCUCUUUGAGUACUACCGGGGCUUCACACUCUUCCAGACCCACGAAAACCGAGAGCAUUUGGUGAUGAUGGAGAAGAUCCUAGGGCCCAUCCCAUCACACAUGAUCCACCGUACCAGGAAGCAGAAAUAUUUUUACAAAGGGGGCCUGGUUUGGGAUGAGAACAGCUCUGAUGGCCGGUAUGUGAAGGAGAACUGCAAACCUCUUAAGAGUUAUAUGCUCCAAGACUCCCCGGAGCACGUGCAGCUGUUUGACCUGAUGAGACGGAUGUUAGAAUUUGACCCUGCCCAGCGCAUCACAUUGGCGGAGGCCCUGCUGCAUCCCUUCUUUGCUGGUCUGACCCCUGAGGAGCGGUCUUUCCACACCAGCCGCAACCCAAGCAGAUGACAGGCGCAGGCCACCGCACUGGGAGAUGGAGAGCGGAACUGGGCUGCCCGGCCCCUUUUCUCCAACCUCUACCACCGGCCCCAGGGCCAGAGCCACCCAAUGAACAGUGCAAUGUGAAGGAAGGCAGGAGCCUACAGGGGAGGAGACUUGAUGCCCAGCUGCCAGAAAGCACAGAUUUGACCCAAGCUAUUUAUAUGUUGUAAAGUUAUAAUAAAGUGUUUCUUACUGUUUGUAACCCCUGGUACCAGUGUGUCCAUCUCCAGGCUCCUUGCCUUCUCCCUUCCCUACCUUAUUAAUAAAGUCUUUCUUAGCAGUUCA